UGUUUACGGUACAAACGUCAUAAGUCGGUUUGUGAGAUGUGUGGUCUGCGGGAAUUCAUCAGCGAAGAACAAACAGCAUUUCUGAUAUGUAAUCGACAUACGAACUAGCUUAACAAUAAAGUGCAUGCACAAACUGAAAAUGGCUUGUGUUUCGUGUUUCUGUUUGGUUUAACGUUAGCAGGCAGCAGUAAAUCCAGUUUGAAAUUACUUUAGUUCAGCAGGCCUGAAGUUACUCAUGACUGAAACUGGUGAAUUUCUCCACUAAACCCUAAAAGCCUAGUUUGGUCGCGAAGUUACCUCAGGAACCAUGACAGAAGCCUGUGCAGAACCAGCUAGAGCCAUAAAGGCCAUAGACAGACACUCAGUGCAUCAGAUCUGCUCAGGACAGGUCGUUCUGAGUUUGGCCACAGCUGUGAAGGAGCUGGUCGAGAACAGCGUUGAUGCAGGUGCUACAAAUGUGGACAUUAAGCUCAAAGACCAUGGGACGGAGCUGGUGGAGGUCUCUGACAACGGCAGAGGAGUGGAGGAGGAGAACUUUGAAGGCUUGACCUUAAAGCACCAUACAUCUAAACUGAGGGACUUUUCUGACUUAAUACACGUCGAGACAUUUGGCUUCCGUGGUGAAGCUCUCAGCUCACUGUGUGCACUCAGUGACCUCAGUGUGGUGACCUGUCAUGAAAACAGUAACAUUGGAACUCGGCUUGUCUAUGACCAUGAUGGGCGUCUGGUCCAGCGUGCGCCACACCCCAGGCAGCAGGGCACCACGGUCAGCCUCCAGCAGCUCUUCUCCACCCUGCCUGUUCGCCACAAAGAAUUCCAGCGCAACAUCAAAAAGGAAUAUUCUAAAAUGAUCCACGUGCUGCAGUCAUACUGCAUCAUCUCCACUGGUGUGCGCAUCACGUGCACCAACCAAAUUGGCCAAGGCAAGCGCAGCACGGUGCUGUGCACUAGUGGGAGUCACAGCAUGAGGGACAACAUUGGAGCACUGUUUGGGCCUAAACAGCUCCAGAGUCUAAUUCCGUUUCAGCAAAUAUCUCCCACAGACAACAUUAAGGAAGAUUAUGGUUUAAGUGGGGCAGAACUUCCUAAAGACCUUUUCACAAUCUCUGGUUAUGUAUCACAAGCUGAUCAUGGCGUGGGAAGAAGUGCAACUGACAGGCAGUUCUUCUUUAUUAACAAAAGACCCUGUGAUCCUUCCAAGGUUUCCAAGCUUGUAAAUGAAGUCUAUCACAUGUUCAACCGUCAUCAGUACCCAUUUGCUGCUCUUAACAUUUCUGUGGCUUCAGAGUGUGUUGAUGUGAAUGUUACACCCGACAAACGUCAGAUAUUCCUGCAAGAGGAGAAGUUGUUGCUGGCAAUUUUGAAGAGUUCCCUCAUUGCCAUGUAUGAAACUGGUGUCAAUAAGAUCAGCCUCAAUCUCACACCACAACUCUCAAGCAGUUUUUGUACACUUGCUGAUUCUGCUGCUGGUUCAUCAGGUCAUGACAUAGCUUCUCUGCCUGAAGUAACUCCAGAAGACAACUCUGAUACAUUGACUCAAACCCCAAAGCCAUCCUUCAACUUAGCUGGACUAAAAGCGGCAUUUUCAAAACAUCAAGGACCUGGAAUUGGGACAAAGACCUCUAACUAUAAACCUGUCUGUAAUGGCCAAACUCAGAAAAAGAUGCAGUCUUUUUUCCACUGUUAUGAAAAAACUAAUUCCAUGAGACCAUCUGUAGGAUCUCCUUCAAAUGCAUAUUUUGAAAAUGCUGCUUCACCACUGAAAGCUUCAUGCCUGAACAAGUAUGAGCACAAUUUGGACAUGAACACUGAAUCAGUCAUCUCGGAGGAAGGCUCCUCCACAACCUCAGAGACACUGUGUGGAAAUGGUUCUGAAUUCAGCUCUUUAGGUUCUGUUUUAGAUGAACCUAGCAUUAAAACAGAACCCUACAGUGAACCCAUAGCUAAGGUCUCUGAUGUCUUAGAAUCUUCAGAGCAAGAGAGUGAAUCCAUUCAUAGCCCCGAGAGGAUCUUCAGUCCAGAGGCCAAAAAAUUUAAGUGGGACGAUAAACCAUCGGAACAGAAGCCGGUGCCGUCCUCCACUGCUAGGGAUAUUUCUUCUGGGCUAUUUGACAGACCUGUCAGUGUACAGAAGAAAACAGUGCCUUUACGGUUCUCAAUGAUGGAGCUUACCAGACGAAUGGAGAGACUGAAAACCCACCGAAAAGAGCAAAAUGACCAAGAGCCAAAAUAUAGACGCUUUAGGGCAAAGAUUAACCCUGGUGAAAACCAGAGUGCUGAGGAUGAACUGAAGAAAGAGAUAAGCAAGGACAUGUUCAAAGAGAUGGAGAUCAUUGGGCAGUUCAACCUGGGUUUCAUCAUCACCAAGUUAAAAUCUGACCUCUUCAUGAUUGACCAGCAUGCCACAGAUGAGAAAUACAACUUCGAGAUGCUACAACAGCAUACUGUCCUUAAAGGCCAGAGACUUAUAGUUCCACAGAACCUCCACCUCACUGCUGUGAGUGAAACCAUAUUAAUUGAAAACCUUGAAAUCUUCAAGAAAAAUGGCUUUGACUUCCUCAUUGAUGAGGACGCACCGGUCAUGGAGAGAGUGAAGCUGGUUUCUUUACCCACUAGUAAGAACUGGACUUUUGGGCCUUCUGACAUUGAGGAGCUCAUCUUCAUGCUUAGUGACAGCCCUGGAGUCAUGUGCAGGCCUUCUCGUGUCAGGCAGAUGUUUGCCUCCAGAGCUUGUCGCAAAUCAGUAAUGAUUGGCACCGCCCUGAACACCAGUGAAAUGAAAAAGCUUGUGGUCCACAUGGGGGAAAUUGACCAGCCUUGGAAUUGUCCUCAUGGCAGACCCACCAUGAGGCACCUAGCCAAUCUGGAGAUCAUCUCACAGGAUUGAAGGACAUUCCUCUUUCAAGAUUUUAUUCAGCUGAACAGACCUGACCUGUGUGUGUGUGUG